AUGGUCCACAAGAUCCUCUUCUGGAGCGGCUUUGGCGUUGCCGCCCGGCUAUGGCAACUCGGCAUUGAGAUGCGCCCGCUCUUCAACAAGGAAUCCCUCUGGGUCUACCCUCUCUACGCCGGCGCCGGUGGCAGCUUCGGCUACUGGCUCACUGGCGUUGAGAACCGCCAAUUCCGCCUCCUAGCCGACCGACGAGACGCCCUACUCGAGAAGCGGGCGCGGAGGAAGGAGCGUGAGGAGGCCGCUGGUACCUCAUAG